AUGUACCUGAAAGCACUAGAAGAACCAAAUUGUGAUGCAGUGAGAUUAAUUGCAAUGGAUUUUUCCAAAGCAUUUGACAAUGUAAAACACGCAAAACUGAGUGAAAAAUUGAAAUCGAGUUCUAUGAACCCUUAUUUAGUAAAUUGGUACUUAAAUUUCUUAAAAGAUCGAAGACAGAGAAUAGUUUUCCAAGGAACGACAUGCAAGUGGAAAGAUAUUAACAAGGGAGUUAUGCAAGGAACUGUAACCGGACCACAUUUCUUUAAUUUAUUUAUUAAUGAUUUGGAGAUUAAAAACUGUUCCAACACCCCCCUUGUUAAAUUCGCGGAUGAUUACUCACUUUUGGUACCGAUUUUGAAGAAUACCCAAGAUUGUAGUUCUAAAGCUAUAGAUGAAUUUAAGGACUGGUACGAAUCAAACUCUUUACCUUUAAAUGAGGGUAAAUGUGAUUAUAUUAAAGAAAGGACAACCAGAAGAUUGUGUAUCACCAAUUUAUGGUUUUGA